AUGGAUGGAGAGUCGGAGGGACGCCAGUCCUACCGCACCGCCUACGCCUGCGAGGGGACAAUGCUCAACAUCAACUGCAACCCCGGCAACGUGAUCGACGUGAUUCGCGCCAACUACGGCCGCUUUUCCAUCACCAUCUGCAACGCCCACGGCAAUACGGAGUGGUCGGUCAACUGCCAGAGCCCGAGGACCCGCCGCGUGCUGGCCGAGAGGUGUAGCGGGCAGGACACUUGUGCGAUGGACGUCAACAGCGACCUCUUCGGCGACCCCUGCCCCGGCACCCACAAGUACAUCGAGGUGCACUACACGUGUGGCAUAGCCACCUCCACCACCACCACCACCUCCAGGCCCCGCCCUCCCUGGUUCACCGCCACACGCCCGCCCAUACGGAUCCUGCCCACCCUCACCGCCAACUACACCACCGCCGCCCCCACCACGCCGACGCCCAGCACCACCACCACGACCACCACCACUACAACCACCACCACAUCAACCACCUCCACCACGACCACCACCACCACGCCGCUCGUCACCGUGCCGCACGCUGCUGAGGGUGAAGACCCCGAGACAGACGGCCUGACAACCAUGGCUGACAGCGAAGCCUCCAGCCACGGCCCUGCCUCAGACACGCCCGUCUCUGCCUCCCCAGUCACUCCCGGCAGCUCGCCCGCCACUACCUCAUCCACCAGCAAGACCGUGCCCGUGGCGCCCCCUCACUAUGGCUCAGACUACGACAGUCCUUGGUGUCCUCCAUCGUUUGGCCGUGGAUUGCUUUGGAACUGGACCCGAGGCGGUGAGGUGGCGGUGCAGGCGUGUCCGGGCGGCGCCACAGGCUCCGCGCGCCGCCGCUGUCAGAUGACCACCUGGGACCCCAUGGUGGACCUGAGUGAGUGCCGCAGCUUGUGGCUGGCAUCGCUUGAGAACCGCAUCAAAACCAAGGAGUCUCUCCUCGGCGUGGCUGGUGACUUGGCCACCGUGACGGAAAGCAACGCGCUGUUCGGCGGCGACCUAAUCACCACGGCGAGGCUGCUCUCCACAUUGGCAGUGAAGAUGGCCGAGGAGACGCACACCUUCCCGGAACCGCGGCAACGGCAGGCAAUCGUCACGGAAAUGCUACAGACAGCGCUCACCACUGGCUCCGCCCUCCUCAAGGCGGGCAUAACAGGGCCAUGGGGUGACUUGGGAGUGCGCGAAAGACGCCAUGCAGUCACCCAGCUGAUGGUGGCCUUGGAGGAAGCGGCCUUCUUGUUGGCUGACUCCUUGGACGCAGGCACAGAGGCCGCCAUGUACAAGUCCCACUUGCUGGUGUCGGUACGUGCCGUUCCUGCUGACGGUUCCUCGGUGGAUUUUCCCUCUGCACAUGACCAAGCGCUGGACUGGGUGUACGCCGACAGCAUCAGUCUCCCGCCAGAAGCUAUCUUGGAGAACAGUGACGGCGGCGCCACAAGAGUUGUGUUCCUGACUUACAGGCAUUUGGAGGACCUCCUGGCGCCGGGUCGUGAGCCGCUCGGCCACCGCUCUAGCAACAUCACCCGCAUGGUCAACUCUCGGGUCCUGUCAGCCUCACUGGGCCGCGGCCGCCACAUUCAGCUGCCCGAGCCUGUCACGCUCACUUUCUCCCUCCUGCGGCAGGAUAACGUGACGCGGCCCGUAUGCGCCUUCUGGGACUACACCACGUCCUUCUGGAGUGACGAGGGGUGCGAUGUUCUGCGCUACAACCGCUCGCACGUCACCUGCCAGUGCCACCACCUGACCAACUUCGCCGUGCUGAUGGAGGAGGCCACUGGCGGGGUCGGCGAGGACCCUCAGGCCGCGCUGCGCAUCCUAGUGUACGUGGGCUGCGUGGUGAGCCUGCUGUGCGUGGCGGGCUCGCUGCUGGUGUUCUCGGUGUUCCGCGGCCUGGCGUCGCCCCGCACGGCCGUGCACCGUCACGUGUGCGUGUGCCUGGCCGCCGCCGAGCUGGUGUUCAUGGUGGGCGUGUGGCGCACCGACGCCCCCGUGCUGUGCGGCGUGGUGGCCGGCGUCCUGCACUACUCGGUGCUGGCGGCCUUCGCUUGGAUGUUCAUGGAAGGUGUGCACGUCUACCUGAGUGUGGCCCGGGCCGUGGAGUGUGACUCUCUGCGACUCCGCUGGUGGCACUACAGCCUCGCCUAUGGCCUACCUUUGCUGGUGGUGGCAGUAGCGGCUGUGGUGGACCCCUCCAGCUAUGGCACUGACAAGUACUGCUGGCUGCGGACAGACAACUACUUCGUGUUCUCCCUGGUGGGCCCGGCGCUGCUCCUGCUGGCGGCCCAUGUUGCCCUCCUGGCCGCUGCCCUCAUCUACACCUGCCGCCUCUCCCCUGACGAUGCCCUCAAGACCAAGGAGAUGGCCCGCCUUGACUCCACCAGCGGCGUGUACACCAACGCUCUGCAGCACCGACUCUACUCUCGCCUGGCCUGGCUGAGGGGCGCCAUCACACUGCUGCUCCUCAUGGUUCUCACCUGGACGCUGGGGCUCCUCUUCCUGCACCGCCCGUCCCUGCCCAUCGCCGCCGCCUUCUGUGUCCUCAACGCUCUCCACGGCAUCUUCAUCUUCAUCUACUACUGCGUCAGGAACCAAAAAGUGCGGGAGUGGUGUCGGUCAGCAGCGCAACGUGAGGCUUGGCUCCCCCAGGCGGUGCGCGGCGUGUUUACCGCCGAGAAGCAGACCUACAGCCCCAAUAAUACCACCACCACCACCUCCUCCUCCAACAACAAUCCCCACCACCACCACCACCAUCUCCACCACCACCACCACCACCCUGCCAUCUCUCACGCCCUCAAUCACGCCCUCGCCUCCUCGCCCGCCCUCAACCAAUACCUGCCAACGCUGUGUCAGCUCGGCGGGGUGAAGGGCCCCGGGGGCAACACUCACCCCCCCGCGGGCCCACUUCUGUCCGGGGCCACCUCCACGAUGGGCUCUGGGGGAUCCCUGCGUCAGGGGGCAACCGGACAUCUGCCCCUCGGCACGCUCCACCAGUCACUGCCUCGCCACCACCACCACCCAGUCACCCUCCCACACACCACCACCACCACCACCACCACCAGCCCUCAUCACGGCACCCUUAGCCUUGACGACAAGGAGGCUUCCUACAAGACUUCAUUCUCUAAGGACUCUGGACACGGCACUUAUGAGCACGAGGACUCCCCACGCCCCGGCUGGAACAACCACCACAACCACAACCACCACCAUGGCCACCACCGCUACUCCAACUCCCUCACCGCCGACCUCAAGAACGCCUACCUGGCCAAGCUGAACAGCAUCAACGCAGCAGGAGGCCUUGGAGACGGGGGUCUUGCCUUCCCCAGCAUGGAGGGCGGCAACAAGCUGAUCUCGGUGCCCAACAGCUACACCACACAGCUCUCUCCAGCCCAGGUCCCCCCCGCCAUGGCUGCUAUGCUGAGGGGGAAUGCCAACACUGCCCGCUCCCACUCCCCUUGGAACCACACCUACAUGGAGAUAGAGACAGAAGCUGACCCGGUGUAUGAGGAGAUAGAGAGGGAGCGAUGGGCUGGCCGCUCAGGUGGUGGCCACGGCCCCCCACCAGCUGGCCAGGAGGCAAUGCAGGUGUCGGAUCUCUCUGAUGAAGAUGUGAAGCGAGGCACUCCCAGCGAUGUGAGCCGUCAGUCAUCACGAAGCUACGGCGACGCCCGACCGCUGCUGCCCUACCACCACCACUCCUCCCCAAGCCACCACUACCCCAAGAGCCCCCAGGACCCCCAGUUUGCACUAAGCGAGGAGAGGUUACGAGACUUCAAUGCUGCACAGAUGAGCCGCGACCUUGAACAGCUGCAGCAGGCUCACCAGCAGUUCUCGCGGGAAAACCUGAUGACGGUGGCAGUGCUGAAUGGGGAGCAGGUGGUGUGUCGCCUCACCUCGCCCUCCAACCCACAGGCGCCCCAGAGUCUGCCGGUGAUCCACGAGGGUGGCGGGCGCGGGAUGGUGGUCACGCAGGCCAAUUCCUCAGCCAACGGUUACCCUGCACACCUCGUGGUCUCUCGGCCUAGCCACUACAACCCGCAGCAGUUUAGUGAGUGUUAGGCACAGUGGAGUUGAGUGCUGGUGACUCAUCUUUUUCUCCCUCAAAAAUGGCAUGUUUGAGUAAUAAGCUGCGGAACUUUGGUAAAUUCUGCCCCACAAGCCAGUGACCCUCGGAGCAGUCCUCCCUCACCACUGACUAGACUCUGGCCGGGCAUUCCGCAUGGUGCAAGGCAUUUUAUCCUAUAUUCCAUCUUAGUUACGAGUGGAGCUUACGUACUUGUGUCUGCAGCAGGAAUGGACUGCCGCAACGUUGCCCUCGUGCAGUUGUGUUUGUGACAAGACCAGCUACUAGCAGCUAAGAUACCUAGUCGAUGUAUGUUUAUUUAUUGGUCUCAUUUUUUUUUCCGUGUAUGGCGCAGAACUCGGACAGGUCUGUGGAGUAGUGUUGAAGUCAAUGUGAUUUUAUCUGUGUAAGAAUUGAAUACGUUUAGUUGAGUGUGGUACAUUCCAAGAUACUUUCACUAGUUUGUUGAGUUCUUUUUUUUUCCCCUUCUUUCUUUCCUGCCUCAGUGCCACAGAGCUCUCAACUUCGCUUCAGAAUCACACUGAUAAACUUGAAUGGCUAAUAGAGGAAGUGCCUUUUUUGGUCUGAGGAUUGUGUACAUGUAUAAAGGAAUAACUGGAUGUAUAUACUGAUGUACAUAAAUAUAUUUAUAUGUACGUUUUCUUAAUGAAAAGCCAAAGCUUCUAGAUGUAGAAGAAUAUUCAUGAGUCAUUUCCAACAGGCCUUUUCUUUGCUUAGUGGAAGAGAAACACUGAUAAGUUUCCUAUUAAGUAAAAAAAUCUUCACCAGCAGCAGUUCUAGGGUGACCACUGGCAGGCACCUCGCUGGGCAGUGCCACCCACCCUCACUUCACCGGGGCCCCCCAUGGCCCCUCCGUUGGUGCCUCUUUUUUGCUACCACUGGCGUCAAGGUCAGUCUGCUGCCUCCACAGUGUGUCUUCUGGGGUCAGUCAGCUGUGGCGUGAGGACAGUGUCGUGUCGCUCGAUGGCGGUUGUCCUGUUCACUUUGUAAGAUUAACAGUACACCAACCAGGUCCUCGAUUUCUGCUGAUCGUUCUUCUUGCGCUGUUUAUGUAAUCUUUCCUGCGAGUCAUGGACAGAACGCGCUCCUCCCAGGAAUGUGUAUCUGACAACCUCCUAUUCUACUGAAGAUAUGCUCCCGGGGGCUCCCUAGGCCUGUGGUUUGCCAGAAAGCAGAUUAAACGGCACAGAUAUGAACCAUCUGAGUCGAGGAAUUGAUUAUUUUGCUGUAUAUUUGUAGAUCCUGUGACCAGCGGACACUGUUAGGCACCAGCCGGCUGACACUAGCUUAACCAGCCCCUGGGACUCGCUUCUGCCACCAUCUCUUCUCUAACUUGUGAGCUGUGAUACGUUGAAUAGAUAAUCAGUGUAAAAUAUGACAAUAAAAUGUUUAAAUGAUGA